AUGGACAUGAUACUGAUGGAUGACAAGGGGUGCAAGAUACAUGCUACUGUUAGGAAGACUUUGAUAUAUCGAUUCCAGUCUUCCUUAACUGAGGGAAAAGUUUACCAGAUUUCCUACUUUGGUGUGGGCGAGAGCGGACGUGAUUUUCGCCCGACCGAUCAUCCAUUCAAGAUCAACUUUGAUAUUCAGACUUCUGUACGUCUACUACCUAACAAGGCUAUCAACAUAACGCCGUACUCUUUCGUUCCACUUGCUGACAUUAUGUAUAAGGACCUUGAUACAUCAUUCCUUAUAGAUGUAAUUGGUAUUCUGACGGGCGCAAGUGGAGAACAAGACUUCCAAAAAGAUGGUACUAAACAAAAGAGGAUAACAAUAGAACUUGAUCAAGAUGGGGUUCGUGUUGAAUGUGCUUUUUUUGGGAAAUAUGUUUCUGAGGUCAUUGCUUAUCUUUCAUCAGUUGAUGCAACCAAUGCUGUCGUGGUUGUACAGUGUUGUAAGAUCAAGCCAUUCAAAGGUAAGAAUAGCAUUCAAAACGUUUAUGGUGCUACUAGGGUUCUUUUUAAUCCUCAGAUUCAAGAAGCUGCCCCUCUCCGUGCUAGGUUUCUGGAGUCAAAUGAUCCUGCAGCACACAUCAUUAGCCUGCUUCAAGACAGUUCAAAAAAAAUAUCCCUAGAAGAAGAUUUUCUGAAAAAGAGUGAUGGGAAAACCAUCGAGCUACUCAAAGAUCUCGCUGAAAAAUCAUUUUGUGUUGUACUUGGUACUGUUAAGUAUAUUGCAGAGGGUAUGGUCUGGCAUUACCCUGCGUGCAAGUGUAGCAAGAAAGUGUAUCCUGCCGAUGGCAUGUAUUUUUGUGAUACAUGUAACCGUCAUGUUGUUUCUCCAACUCACAAGUUUAGAAUUCAACUAAGGGUUAUGGAUUCAAAAGACACCGCUACAUUUGCGUUAUUUGAUCAGGAGGCGUCUGCACUGCUGAACAAGUCAUGUUCAGAUCUGCUUGAAACUUAUGGUUCUGAUCCUCUCACAAUUCCCACGGAAAUCUUGAAUUUGAUUGACAAAACAUAUUUGUUCAAGAUUGAAGUUGCAAACAAUUAUCACUCAAAGUUUGAAAAGUCUUAUCGUGUCAAAAAGAUUUGUGCCGAUCCAGAAGUUAUCAAUAAUUUUAGAGCUGCAAUGACAUUUCAACCUGUAAUUAGUUGCCAUGAUCCAUGUAUAUUUUAA